AUGUCGAAGGCGUCGGAAAAGAUCCUGAAGCGCCUGAAGGAGCGGCGCCAAAAGCAGAAGGCCAUUUUGGCCAUGCGAUGGCGGUGUGCCCAGGGAGGGUUGGAGUUCGAGCAGCUGGACACCUUUUAUAGAGCCAUCAGGCCAUAUCUUUGUGUGGCCCAGUUCUUUGGCAUUAUGCCCUUGUCCAAUAUCCUAAGUCGGGAUCCUCAGGACGUAAAGUUUAAAGUCAGGAGUAUUGCCCUGGGAGUCACUGGUCUCUUCCUCCUACUCGGUGGCAUCAAGACCUUGAUAGGUGCAAAUGUCCUGUUCAAGGCAGGAUUGAAUGCGAAGAAUAUGGUUGGCUUGGUUUUCCUUAUCGUGGGCAUCGCCAACUGGCUGAAUUUCGUGGGGUUCGCUCGUUCCUGGUCGCACAUAAUGUUACCCUGGAGCUCCCUGGAUAUCCUGAUGCUAUUUCCGCCCUAUAAACGUUGCAAGAGGAGCCUUCGGUCAAAGGUCAACGUGAUUGUACUAAGCGUGGGUGUUCUGGCAGGGAUCAUAUGCUGUACUAUGCCUCUGGUUAUGUCAGUUACAGCAUGCACGUUUGGCAGUGCCAUACGAACCAGUCAGAGAUUACCUUUAAAAUUUAUUUGGAGAAGGAGUUCUCGGACAUAA